AUCAGCUGGUAACAGGCAAAAGGCCGGCCGUCAUGUCGUCUCUCAGGUUUCUCUCUGACGACUGCCGACUGAUCACGAAGUCACAGCUGACUAUCGACUAUCACACACGCUACACACAGUAUUGCACAGUAUUUUGACUUGAUGAGACUUGACGUCGAUUUCGAUGCUCAGUGCAUACUGUAUGUACUGUAUACUUUCCGUACCUGUAUACAGAUACAGGUAGUUCAGCUUGUUUAGCUUGUAAAAAACGAAGCUUUGAUCCUCAUUUCUGAGCAAGACGAGACCGAGUAAUUGAAAAAGCGAAGGCUCAAGCUCAGGCAUUUGGAUUCUUAUUAUUGUGACACGGUGUGAUGUUCACCAACAAGAAGAACAGCCUACCACCGAGGCCUCACAUGCCAAGCCAUGAACACAUGCUGGAGGAUCUCGACAGAGCUGGGGUGGACGACGUGGCGUUUAAAAUCACAAGUGAAUUGUGCACAAAGGACGGGCAGACGGGUGCGAGUAACUCAGAUAUGUACAAAAAAGUGAAAACCUAUUUGAAUACCAAGCAGCAGUUGAAGCAGCUGGAAUGUACUCUGAAGAAGGAGGGACAACAAAUGCAGGUGGAUAAUGAAGAGAUAAAGAGGCUCGCGGAUGACAUUAGGCAGCAGGCGCAAGCCGCUCUGGUAACAUAGAAGAAAUAAAUUCAUAUUCGCGAGGUUCACUAAGGUAGGCGCACCACGUAAAUCCCGGUGGGUAUCCUGAAAAAGUCACGUCGACAGAUUAAUAUACAUUAAUGAGACAAAGACGCAAAUGUAAUGCGUAUCCUGACAUAUGGCUCACAUAUCACUUCCUUUACAAAUAUGUCGUAUUAUAAAUUUUUAUAUAACAAAUGUAUUUUAGUGAAUCUACAAAAAUUUGUUAAUAGACAAAUGUGUGACAAUACUUAAAUUUUAUUUCCUCGACAUCAGGAUACGCACGUUUUAACCUAAACACUCUGGUAGCAUUAUUGCUCAAUACGUGUUAUUUGUUUCAAAUAAAAAAAUCAAUUGUUUAUA